AUGACCUCCAUUCAGCCUCUACCCUAUAGAGUCACGGCUUGGGCCUCCAGCAUCGAUGAAUUCUUUAAGAAUUUUAAGAGGGAAAGGCAAAUCCUCUCCGAAGAAACCAUUACCUUGAUUAAAUCCCACAUUGAGAACAGAAACCUCCAGGAAGCACUUUCUAUAAUCUGCAAUGAACUGAGAAACAUCGAGAAGGCCUCCCUGCACAUUGCUGUGACAGGAGAGACAGGGUCAGGAAAAUCCUCGUUCAUCAAUGCCCUGAGAGGGGUGGGGCAUGAAGAAGAAGGUGCAGCCUGCACUGGGGCAACAGAAACCACCACGGAGAGAACUCCAUACCCACACCCAAAGCUUCCCCAGGUUACAGUAUGGGACCUGCCUGGCAUUGGAUCCACCUCCUUUCCACCAGAGAAGUACCUAACAGAAAUGAAAUUUGGUGAAUAUGACUUCUUCAUUAUCAUCUCUACUUCACGCUUCAAAGAAAAUGAUGCCCAGCUAGCUAAAGCCAUUAAAAGGAUGGACAUGAAUUUCUACUUUGUCCGAGCCAAGAUAGAUAGCGACAUAUAUAAUGAGAAGACGAGCAAGCCUAAGACUUUCAAUGAGGACAAUGUCCUGAAGAAUAUUCUAGAAGAAUGUUCAUGUCAUCUCCAGGAGGCUCUCUCCAGUGAGCCUCCAGUCUUCUUAGUCUCUAAUUUUGAUACGUCUAAGUAUGACUUCCCAAAACUGGAAAGCAAACUCCUAUUUGAUCUCCCAGCCCACAAGCGCCACAUCUUCAUGCUGUCCUUGAGCAGUGUUACUGAGGCCACCAUUAACCUCAAGAGAGAUUCCCUGAAGCAGAAAGUUUACCUAGAGGCCCUAAAGGCUGGAGCAUUGGCCACCAUUCCACUUGUUGGCAUGAUCAGGGAUCAGUUAGAGGAUCUGGAUGAAACAUUCAAUCUCUUCAGGUCUUACUUUGGGCUGGAUGAUGCCUCAUUGGAAGAGAUUGCGAAAGAUUUUAACCUGUCUGUGGAUACAUUCAAGGUACACCUUCGUUUUCCCCAGUUGUUUGCAGAAGAUGACGAUGUGUCCUUAGGGAAAAAACUAUGGAAAUAUAUCCAAAGAAUUUCCUCAGUUUUUGGUGGUCCAGGUUCUGCUGUCAUAUAUUACGAAAAGUCUUACUAUUUGCAGAAUCUCUUUAUUGAUGCUGCAGCAAAUGAUGCCAUUGCUCUUCUCAAUAAGAAGAGUCUUUUAGAAAACAAGGUGGGACCAUAUGUCUCUAAGCCCCCCGAUUACUGGGAAUGAUGGGGAAAUGAGGCACAAGUUCCAAUCAGUGUUUCCUCUUGGCCUUGCUUUGGACACUGACACAUAACCUAUGCCUGACAAAUGAAUCUUGUCUGUGGAGCUCAGUAGGCUCCUCCUUUUUUUCUUCCCUAGAGACAGAAGAUCACUGUGGCAAGAGCUCAGUUGUGCUUUAGUAGGAAACUGUCAUCAACACUGUGUAUUGCCUGAGGAAACCUAGGUCUCUUUAAAAUAGUGUGUAGAGCACACAUGAAAAUAUUGAUUUGAUUCCUGGUUUAUGGUCUAAUGACUCCUGGAUCCUUUACUCCUGUGAAAGUCUCCACACAGUUCUGCAUUCUCACAGCUUUGUCACUUUUCCUUGAGGGC